CGCAACUCUGAGGUAAAUAUUUAACUGGUAAUGCAUUAAAAAGAUUUACUUUCACAUAUAUACUAAGUAGUAGAAAAUGAUCCUUUAUAGAGUAUUUUAAAACCUACAUUCACCAUGUUAAAUGCCUGUGGUAAUAAACAAACUACAAGGAAUUUAGAUAUAUUAUCAUCAGUGCGAAGUGAAACAGAGAAAGAAGAGACAAUUUAUAGCCUACGUAUAAUUUUACCCCUGAUUCAAGCAUUGUAAUACGUACAUUGUUUUACAAUGAUUUGCCAGACACUUGUGAAACGUGAAAAAAAAACGUAAUUAUGAAAAAUCUUUUUUAUCGCAGAUUGGUGGAGUAUAUAUUUCGGAUGGGACUGUUCCUCAGCUGUUGUACCAACAAUUGCAGUGCAAAGACGGAAGUUUUAAGUGCAGGUUGUGCUGACACAAAAUCUCAAGUUCUAAAUGGUUUGCUGCCAAUAUCUGAUUCGAAUCCGAUACGAAUCAAGACCCAGUUCUAUGUCGAAGAUGUGAACUCCAUAAACGCACUCGACAUGGACUUUCGGUUGGACUACUUCUUAUGGCAUAGCUGGAACGUAUCAGAAAAAUACUGUGAUCAGUACAGAUCUCUUCUCUGUAAUCUUGGGCUGUGCACAACUCUGAAAAAUAGCCCUAUCGUCGUCUCCAAAAAUCAUCUGGAUAACUUCUGGAUACCUGACACCUAUGCUACAAAUGCCAAAAGUGUGUAUACUCCAUCGUAUGCCUCGUCCACCAAAGUACUAAGAAUAACUCUUAGAGAUUCAGGAACAUGCGAGAUGGAAUACACCAUUAGGUUGGCUGCUGUUGUUGCGUGUCAAAUGGAAUUUAAGCAAUACCCGGUAGACGUACAGACGUGUCCUUUUACAAUGCGAAGCUAUGCAUAUCCUUUCAAUACGGUGCGUUACGAGUGGACGGACAGCAGGUCAGGGGUAUUGAAGAACCAAGACCUAAAACUAUUGCAGCAUAACCUAGAAUUGCGAAAACAGGAGAGUACAAUUUGGACAUUAGACGUGAAAUAUUCCACGGUGUCUGUGGAGUUCAGGUUUGAGAGACAGAUCGCACACCACUUGAUGCAAGUCUUUGCUCCAAGUGCUUUGAUUGUCACUCUGUCCUGGUUGUCCUUCUGGAUGGGCUUGGACGCUAUUCCCGGGAGGGUCACUUUGUGUGUGACCAGUCUCUUGGCCCUUUUUACGCAGUUUUCUGGCAUUAGAGGUGACCUUCCUCCAGCAUCUUACAUCAAUGGUACCGAUAUAUGGAUGGCCACAUGUAUGCUGUUCGUUUUCGCAACUUUAAUGGAGUUCGUUGUUGUGAAGUUUCUGGACAAACGAAAACAACUUUAUUUCCGAAGUCAAAUAAAAAACUCCUUCAGUUCGUCUGAAUCUGGAUUUGGUUCCACGGUGUCGCUGCAACUCCCACAGGCCAGCGAUGACAAAAUAAUCUUGCCGAAAGAGGUCGCUCCUCGCUUUGCCUGGAAUGUGGCUUCGCAGCACGACAGUCACCAAUGGUUCAAGCCACCGUCUUGGUCUGUGGACUGGGUUGUCACUAUUGAUUAUUCUUGUCGAUUGUUAUUUCCUGCGUCGUUUUUAGUGUUCAACACUGUUUAUUGGCCUGUGCUACUCAACAGACAUCUAUAAAGGAAAAAAACAUUUUACCAAAGUUUCUUGCUAGAAGCACGUAUUGCCUAAAUAAAUUCUUCAAUAUAUCUGCAUGUUUAUCUGAAUAAAAGCCUAAUUUCAUGAUUAGGAGCUUUAAAGUCAGAGGCUAAUUUUACAUUUAACAUAGAUAAACUAUAUGUAUAUUAUGUAAAAAUAAGGAGUUAAUAUUUACAUCCAAAGGAAGGACUUCAUUACGAACAGCAAGACCAAACUUGUGAUGAAAUAAAACAUAUUUAUAACACCAGAACGCAAAAACGGCCACCAGGAUACAGGCUAUAAAGUGGGAUACGUGUCCCGAUUUUUGGAGGUGACUUCAGAAGUAGCACCCACAUAGCGGUGGGAUACACCAUCUAUCAUGAUGGGUGUCGUACCAGUUUAGACAACUUGGAAGAGGGUAAAAGUUGUCUGCUGUGCUACUAACAAUUCCUCAUUAACUUGAGUUUUUACCCUUAUAACGGGGGCUGAAAUGCCAAAUUCAGAAAGUAAGGUUUUAUUACUUAUCACUCCCAGUGGUAGGACCUUUUAUUUCUGAGAAUGGUCACCUUCCCACAACUCCCUGCAGACAGUGAAGGAUAUGUGGGGUUGAGCACCCACAUCUUGUUUUACUAUUUGUUUUUUCUUACCUGUGCUAACGGAGGUUAAGGCACCUCCAAAAAUCAGGACACGUUACAACCAGCGUACAGGUUACUUUGUUGUUUAUUUGGUUAAGACUUGUUUUAUAUUGUAAAUACAAACGAUAUUCUUCCGAGUUAGAUGGAUAAAUCCAAUACCAGGCAGGUAUUUAUACGUUAUUCAACACGCUAUGAAAAAGUUUACAAGCUUUUAAUAAAGUUUUAAUUUAUUUUAAAAAUCGGCUUUGUGAGUUUUAGGUUUUACCAACUAAAGGCUACGAACGAGAGAAAACAAAACGCCACAAAUGGAUAUAUGGCAUGCAAAACAAUUACUCACUGUUUAUGUGAAUAUGAAGAGCUAAACCCGUCAAACAAUUUGUCUGAGAGUAAAGCUUGUAGAAUAAGAACUUCUUUAAAGUUUCCAUAAUCUCAAGAUUAUGAAUAUUUUCUUUCUUAAUAAAUAAAUUGUUCUAUACUUUAGGAAACAGAUCGUUAAUCAGACGUAUAGAAGCUUAAUUUACGACAUUAUUACUUAAGAACGUUGAAGGGGGCGCAGUUGUAGCUAUCGGAAGAUCUCAAACGAUCAUCAUAUUAAAAUGCUGAGAAAUAACGUACAGAAGCCAGUGCCGUUACAUUUUAAUUAAAGUCUAAUGGAAUUAAUUAAAUAAUCAGGACGUGAAAU